AUGAAUGCUAUGCUGCAAGGACUAUUUGCUAUGGAUAUUUUUAGCAAAGAUCUUUUCAAACUUUGUAAGAACGCUCAGAAUAGUGAACUCGAUUUGAACGAAGCCAUUCCAAUGAGCUUGGCACUUUCAAGUCUUGCUAGUGGUCGUGAUAAAGCUUCGGACUAUGAAAAGGAAGAAUGGUUACAAACAGUAAAGGAGCUUUCACACUUUACAGACAAUGCACAACAGGAUGCCAACGAAUUUUUGGUUCGCGUCCUUAAUCAAGUACAUGAUGAAUGUGAUUACUUAUUGCGUGAACAAUUAGGAAUCGAUGACAUUGCUGAAAGACGUACAAAGAAUCCUGUCAUGGCAAACUUUGCUUUUACAGUGCAAAGUACUAUAGUGUGUGAUAUGUGUCAUCAUGUGUCACACGUUGAUGAAGAAAGCAUCAUUCUUCCAGUUACAAUUAAUGUGUUAGAUCUUGCAAAUGAAAGACUUUCUAAUAAAUUUUUGCCAUUACCGAGUGUGCAAACGUUAUUAGAUGAGUAUUUGAAAACGGAAAGAAUAGAACGAACUUGCGAAUUUUGCAACUCAAAAAGUGGGCAGAAAACUCAGAAAUUUAUUCGACUUCCACGAUGUCUUAUAAUAUUCAUCAAACGUUAUUCUUAUGAUGCAUCAAGAAGUGUUAAACGCGAUGAUAAGAUUGAUAUUCCUGUGUAUUUGACUUUGAAUGGACACUGUAAUGAUUCGCCAGCACCGUUUCUUGCCAUACCAUCUAGUACAAAGUUAGUCGCUUUGAGAUUGUCUUAUAAAUAAUC